GGUUAGGAACUGAUCGUGGAGCAGCUAUCAUUGCAGUUGUCCCACGUUGCAAGAAGAAAAGCCGACCACAGGUCAGCUGUCAGUCAAAACACACGUGCACUCUGAGGAGGACGAGCACCGGCGACCAGUCGCGAGACUAAAGAUGAAGGACACGUCAGUGGGUGAACAGCCAUGGUGCUGUCUCGCCUCACUCUUUCCCUCUUCCUCUUCCUCUUCCUCUCUCCUCUCCCUUGGACCUCUCUGUCACCAACCUCCACCCAUGGAGCUGUCCUCCCCCACGGCCCCCUGCUGUCUGUGGCGGCAGCUGGUCCCAUCCUGCGGGACCAGCCCUUUGUUGUGGUGUGGAACAUGCCUACGACACAAUGUCCCAAACUCUACAACAUCGCUCUGGACCUGGGCCACUUCAACAUCGUGGAGAACCGACCGCAGCGCUUCCAGGGACAGAAAAUGAGCAUCUUCUACCGUGAUCGCUUGGGGAAAUAUCCAUACCUCUCCCAAGACGGCAGCAAGGUAAACGGAGGGAUACCGCAGCUCGGCAAGCUCUCGGCUCACCUUGCCCUUGCGGUGAUGCAGAUGUCCGGCUCGCUGCAGCCAAACUUCACCGGUUUAGCCGUUAUUGACUGGGAAGAGUGGCAGCCAUCGUGGGAAAGAAACUUUGGAACCAAGAUGGAGUACCAGAGGCAGUCCAAGCUGCUGGUGAGACAAGAGAGACCGGAUUUGUCAGAGUGGGCCGCGACAUCGUUGGCGAGGCAAAUGUUUGAGGAGAGCGCUCGAAAGUUCAUGGAGGAGACGCUGAGGUCGGCGCUCAGAGAUCGUCCCAAGGGACUCUGGGGGUUUUACGGUUUUCCUGCCUGCUCUAAUAAGCAGAAGAGAAACACCAAUCAAAUCUACACAGGACGCUGCCACAGCAAGACCAAAAAGCAAAAUGACCGUCUGUCCUGGCUCUGGCGUCAGUCCACUGCUCUCUAUCCCAGCGUCUACCUGCCACAAAGGCUGGCAGGAUCCACGGAUGCAGCGCUGAUGGUCAGACAUAGACUGCUGGAGGCUUUGAGGGUGGCGUCUGUUUGGCACCAUGGCAACAACACCGAUCAUGCUACUCCAGUUCUUCCCUACGCCAGGCUGGCAUUCACACACACUCUCACUUUUCUUAAUAAGACAGACCUGGUGCACACAUUAGGGGAGUGUGCGGCACUGGGAGCUGCUGGGGUGGUGCUGUGGGGAGAGCUGAAAUUUGCCAAAUCCAAGCACCAGUGCAUCCUUCUCAGAGACUACAUACACACUGUCUUGGGUCCCUUGGUCCAAUCGUUGAGAUCUGGCACAAAGCGCUGCAGCCUCCAACUUUGCCACGGCAAUGGACGCUGCGCCAGGCGACGCCCCAGCUAUAGUUCCAUGGUCUCCUCGGGUCCCGCUAUGACCUCUGACCCUGAUGAAAUCAACCUCCUCACUGACUCCUCCAGUGGCAGACCUUUCCACAACCACUUCCUGUGUCAGUGCUACCCAGGCUGGACUGGGCAGGAGUGUCAAGAGAAGGACGAAAACAGACAGAAAAGCAAGUAACUCAAACGUUUCUAUCAAGGUGUUGCCAGUAAUGUAAAGUAGUAGUCUAAAUAAAUUAAAGGAAAUAA